GGUCAUCGCCUGAUCCUACAGAAGAAAGCAACUUUCUUCUCGAUUGGAGCGGUUUAAAAUCCUGGCUGCUCCGUUAAUCCUUUGUAGUGUCUCUUUGGGUUAUUCCAGUCCAGUAAACGGUUACAUCCAGCUUCGCCAUGAUGCAGCUCAGCAACAACACACAAUGCAACAAGCACUCACUGCUCAACGUCAUGAACCGGUUCAUUGCUGCUGCCAACAACAUGGACGAGACCAUCAUGGUGCCAAGCUUACUGCGGGACGUGCCUCUGGAGGACCAAGACAGCCAAGCCUCUGUUAGUCACAAUAACAACGAGCCCUCUUUCCCCAGCAAACAGAGGGACAUGUAUGAGCACUACCUGCUGUUAAAGUCCAUCAAGAACGACAUGGAGUGGGGCCUGCUGAAGAGAGAGAUGGGCGGAAGCUUUCUAGAGAUGGCAGUGAAGCACGAAGAGCUGCAGGUGAAUGGCGGUGCUGCAGAGGAGGGUGCCGACCUGGAGGGCCAGUUCCACUACCACCUCCAUGGACUGUUUGCUGUUCUGUCCAAGCUGACGGUCCAGGCUGACGACCUCACGAAUCGUUACAAGAGAGAAAUCGGUGGCGGUAGCCUGUUACGAUAGGAUUGAGUCAUUUCGAAUUAAAAUGGACUCCUCUUGAACUGUUGGACUGGGAAGUGAAUGGGUGGCAGUGGUCCUAAAGGGCUUUAGAUGGAGAUGGGCGGAAGCUUUCUAGAGAUGGCAGUGAAGCACGAAGAGCUGCAGGUGAAUGGCGGCGCUGCAGAGGAGGGUGCCGACCUGGAGGGCCAGUUCCACUACCACCUCCAUGGACUGUUUGCUGUUCUGUCCAAGCUGACGGUCCAGGCUGACGACCUCACGAAUCGUUACAAGAGAGAAAUCGGUGGCGGUAGCCUGUUACGAUAGGAUUGAGUCAUUUCGAAUUAAAAUGGACUCCUCUUGAACUGUUGGACUGGGAAGUGAAUGGGUGGCAGUGGUCCUAAAGGGCUUUAGAUUCCCCUCUGCCAUCAAAAAAGGGUUUCUUGCCUGAAUCUGUUGUCCUGGUGGUAUCUGGUACUUUCAGGAAGUUUCCUUUAGACAUUAAAGGGCUAUGAGAGUAAUGAGGUUUUUAUACUGACCAUUUCAGCAGCAUGCAUCUAUUCCAGCUAGGCUUUAGUUUUGGGUUUUGUUGUCUCUAUGCCAGGUUAGAAAGCCCUUGACAUUGUCAUUUAAAGCUGUGGAAGAAUGUGAAUGCUGGUAAUUCGGUUCUUUCUAUUAGCCAGCCAAUGCCUUUUUAAUGAGGGGAUUUUUUUUUAUAUUUUUUUUUUAUGUAUUAAUGCUGCACUUGUCCAUGUGAAAUGGCGUGCCUUCUGUUUAUUUCCCACUUGUGCUGUUCUCAAGUAUGCGUGUUUGUCAUGCGUCGUAUUAGUUUGAACGGGGCCCAUAUGAGUCAGUAUGCCACUUGUAUUUUGUUUUUCUGGUUUGUCCUAAAAGAUUUCAAGUUUUAUAUCAUGCUGUAAUAUAGUGACUUAUUAAAUAAAGCAUUAACUUAAACUGUC